AUGCAGAUAGCUGAUCUUUAUGGGGAGAGAUUUGAACCCAUGGCCUCCCCUUUGAUGUCAUACCAUUGGGCUAUCCAAUGGUUGACUUAUUGUGGGGAAAUUGGAGCCUAUUUUGUGGAAAUUACUAGUCAGGGUUUCCUCACUCUAGCUACCUGCAUGGUUAGACAUAAGGAUGGUAGAGAAUUCAACACAGGAGUUGCAGAUAAAAAGAGGAAAAUAUGGGUGCCACCAGGAAUUGGAGCCCCUGCUGUUUCCUAUAUGCCAAAUGUAUAUAUGGGUUCAGAAAACCUGGCAUUACUUAUGUAUACACAGUUAAUUCCUUCAUGUGUGGUUUAUGGCAUCCUGCUAACUUCCGUUCUUGAUGACCAAAAUGACAAUAAAAAUAGCCAACUUCGAACCUACAUUGUUCAUGUCCAAAGGCCCAAGCACCAUGAGUUACUCAGUGAUGAAGAUAUAGAAGAUUGGCAUAGAUCUUUCUUACCAAACACAAGUCUUGAUACUGGUGAGCCACGCUUGGUUCACUCCUAUCGUCAUGCAAUCAGUGGAUUUGCUGCAAGACUAACUUCAGAACAAGUCAGAGGCAUGGAGUCCAUGGAAGGGUUUUUGAGUGCUCGACCAUCUAGGACACUAAAGCUCGCCACAACCCAUACACCAAGUUUCUUGGGUUUCAACAGUCAGAGUGGUUUAUGGCCUGACUCGUUCAUGGGGUCAGGAGUCAUCAUUGGUGUUAUUGAUAGUGGCAUCACUCCCAACCAUGCUUCUUUCAUGGAUGAUGGCAAAAUACCACCUAAACCCCUCAAAUGGAAUGGGACUUGUGGCUUCCACAACAAAACACUAUGCAACAACAAGCUCAUCGGUGCUAUGGCGUUUAAUGGCUCAAGAAGACCUUCACCAAAAGAUGGUAAAAAAGAUGGGCAUGGGACACACGUUGCAGGCAUUGCGGCAGGAAAUCUUGUUGAUAACACUAAUGUUCUUGGGCUUGCCAAGGGCAGAGCAUCAGGGACCGCACCUAAAGCUCAUCUUGCUACAUAUAAGGCUUGCUACAGAACGAGCUGCAAUAAUGCAGAUAUUGCGGCAGCCAUAGAUGAAGCCAUUAAAAAUGGAGUGGAUAUUCUUAAUCUUUCCUUGGGAAGAUUAAACCCUUCUCCAUUCUAUGAUGAUGACAUAAUGAUUGCAACACUCUCUGCUGUUAGAGCGAAAAUAUUUGUUUGUAUGUGUGCAGGAAACACAGGACCCUUUCCAAACUCUCUUUGGAACAACGGUGUUCCGUGGAUCCUUACUGUUGGAGCUAGCAGCCAUGAUAGGAGGGUUAGGGCCACUGUCAGGCUAGGAAAUGGUGUGGAACUUGAAGGAGAAUCUGGCUACCAGCCAAGCACAACUAAUGCCACAGGUAACAUCAUCUUCCCGGGCUUUAUAGGUCAAAAUGGCACAGAAGGAUGCAAGAAAAACUCCUUCAAUAACAUUGACGUGAAGGGAAAGAUCGUUCUGUGCGUGAUUCUAAGGGGUAGCUUCAGAGACAUGAGCAUCAAUGUCAAAAAUGCAGGAGGAGUAGGGAUGAUAGUGAUAAAUACAUUUGCAGAAGGAUCUACUACUUUUUCUAAUGAUUAUGUACUGCCAACAUCUCAUGUCAACUAUACUGAGGCGCGCAAAAUUGUGUAUUAUUUCAUAAACUCAAGCUCAACUGCUACCGCAACAAUCGCAUUUAAUGGAACAAAGUUUGGAGCACGGCCAUCUCCCACCAUCGGUUACUUCUCUUCAAGAGGCCCUUAUGCUUAUAAUGGUGGCAUAAUAAAGCCGGAUAUCCUUGGACCUGGGGUGAAUAUCCUUUCUGCUUGGCCAGUUAAACCUGGACCAAAUCCUAAUGGUCCUCCAACCUCAUAUUUCAACUUUCUGAGUGGUACAUCAAUGGCCUCACCUCAUCUCGCAGGGAUUGCUGCACUACUCAAGAACACUCACAAGAAUUGGUCGGCAGCAGCAAUCAGAUCAGCAAUCAUGACAACUGCUAACAGGUAUGAUCUUGAUGGAAACCCAAUUCUUGAUGACUAUGAUGAGCAUAUAAAUCGUGCAAAUAUAACUGACAUGGGUUCAGGACAAGUGAAUCCCGUUGCAGCCAAUGAUCCAGGACUUAUUUAUGAUAUAAACCCAGAGCAAUACAUUCAGUAUCUUUGUGGUCUAGGAUACAAUGACACACAAGUCUCAAUUGUUGCUAGCAAUUCAGUUCAAUGUUCAGUUGUUGGCAGCAUUGCUCCUGAGGAUCUUAACUAUCCAUCAAUAUCAAUAUAUCUAGACCCGUUGAAAUCAAAGUUUGUCAAUCGCACACUAACAAAUGUUGUGGGUGCUAAUGAGGUGUACAACAUACAUGUUGAAGAACCAAAAGGAAUCAGUGUGGUUGUCUCUCCAUCCUUGAUUCAAUUUUCAGUAAUUGGCGAGCAAAAGAACAUCACUCUUGAAUUUAGCAGUAAGGGAAUGUCUUUAAACCAAGGUAAUGUCUUGGAUGGACAACUUAAAUUGGACUCUGGCAAGCACUUUGUGAGGAGCCCCAUAUCCGUCACUAUUGUUUGA